AUGCUCGCCAAAUUGUGUUCUGAACUCUUAGGUAAUUGUUUUUUUAAUAACUCCACUGGUUCCAGCAGUCCGUCAGGGCAAAUCUCCUUUCUUCUGGCGUCAAUUAGACUUCGUCCAACCAAUUAGCUCUUAGGAAAAUAAGUGACUGUAUUUCUCACAAGCAAACGAUUGGGGGGGGGGGAGAAGUAUUGAUUGAAUCCCGCUCGCCAGAUAUAGGAAAUGUCAGGGCGAUUCUUGAUUCGCCCUACUUAAUCAUGUUGGUGACGACGUGAUGCUGUCGAGGGCCUUCGCAGGGCUUGCAACAUCCUGAACUUGAUCGACGCCGAAACAGCUGAAGAAACCGCGAACGGAGUGUCAUUGAAGAAAAAGAUGCUCACUCUAGACGUCGCGUUGGAUAAAUUAGAGAAGCAUUUUGACAGACAAACAGCUUCCGGCAGCGAUCUGAUAUCUGGCCACAGGAGCUCGGCGACUUGACUUGACUCCAUCAGAACAUGUGACAUUUCUUGGGUAAUUGCGGCUAUACGGAUAAAUGCAUUCAGAGAUGCAUGAAAGACUGACUGACAAAAUUAGGGCGAUUACGGUCAUAGAAGAGAUCGACCACAAAUUUCGGUUUUAGAUAUCCUCCGCAUCUUAACUCUUGACCAGUCGUUUGUAAUUCGCAACGCCACUUCUCUUGUCCGCUGCAAAAUCUAGUUUUUUCCAUUCAUUAAUCCACAUCUACUCCAAGAAUGCAGGGACAACCUGCUUCCUCAGCGCCGUAUACGUAAACAGCACGUUUCGUCGUGCGUAGAAAAGUCAUUUACUUAAAUAUCGAAUAUUACCCACCUUUUCAACUUAGGCAAGGUACCGCAUGAAGCGUACGGCCUGUCUGUCAUCGGGCCUUAUGCGGUGGCGCAAGUAAUUGUGAUCAGUAAUCACGCCGAUCCAUGCCGGUUGGCGUCUUAUUGUCACGGGGAUCACACAUAACAUUCACCGGACCGAACACCGUACGCGAAAUAUGGGCCUAGACAAGGGGAGUUCGCAGAACUUGGAGUCCAUCUUUCUGUGUACAACUGCGUACAAGCGAAGAACGGCCACUACAGUCCCAGUCUACAGAUCAGGGACGGAGUACGUAUACUACCAAUCAGAUGGCCAGUUCAGACAGUUGGCAAUCAGUAGCAAACUGCGUUGCAUGAAAGCGAUGGACACAUGGGCCUGUGAUACGCGUUAGUUCGAUGCGGAGGCCAUAAUUGCGCGUAGAGCGCAAAAGACGGAGACUUUAUGAUAGGUUAACCACUGUGUGGCACCUAAUUCUCAGGGACUUCGGCUUGGGCUUGCAACUGGUGUAUGCUAGUAAGGGAAAAAGAGGAGGAGGUCGAUACUCAUUACAAAAAAUCUGGCAUAAUACAUACAAGGUCGUCGUCAUCCAGAGUGAAGGUCGGGCUGCAUCCAUGGUAAAAUUCCUCGACGAGUGACCAGGGCUAUCCAAGUCCUACUCACUCGUGCAGGAGCCAGCAUGUGCGCGGUACGCGUAGAGUUCGGCCUAAUUUCGGCAACCGUCGUGUCCAAGCAACACCUUCAGUCGUCUUGACUUUGUUUUGCCAUUCAAACAUGAGGGAUUUUGAGAUGAGGAGAUGCUGCCUAAGGUCUCCUCACUAAUAAACAAACUCCCGUGCAGGUUACUGCUGCCUCCCUUCACAUCUGACGGACAAAAACCGUGCAAGGUGAAGAUGCUAGAGCAAAACAUUCGACAAACAGUAACCGAUUUGAAGCAGUCAACAUAAUUAUCAAGCAUUUAUUAUAAAAAUCCUAUAUAAAGAACAAGAAUCCAGUUGGAUGAGCUUUGGGAAUUGACCCUGUUUUCCGAAAUUUUGUGCUUUCGAUACAAAUGCGCGGUCGAUUUCAGAGAAAAUGAUAGCAGUGGGAAAAACCGGAUACGGGUGUACAAGCGGCUGAUGGCACAAGGAAAGUGGGAACCAUAUGAAAAAAAAAACGGGAGAAGCAGAAUUGAUGCACAUAAGAAGUCUUUCUAAAUCAACAGACCGGUAGGAAAAUGCAAAAUACAAAAUUAGCAAUCAUUUUGUGACGCGGAAUGCAGACAAAAAUUUGGAGGAGUAGAGAUACGGAAGUGGAAUCAGACCUUAACACCGCACAUGACUUGUUCCCGACGUUCAUAGUAAACGCGGGUUAGAGUCUCCAGCGGUUCGUCACAGUCAAAAACCUGUGAGAAAAAAACAGUAUAGGGAACAAGAAUAUAGGGUUAGUGUCGCAAGCCUGAAGACCGAUUAAACUAGAUUCUUAAGAGGCUGCGUUACGCGCUCCCAUCAUUUUGGCUAGAAUGACAAGCGUUAUAGUUCAAAACCGGUCGAGACUCAUUAGUUGAGCGUUUGAAUUAGAAACAUCCGAUAAGCGAGUAAUCGGAGUUAAAAUCCCAGGUUAUGGAAACCUGGGAUGGGUUACGGCUGACGACGACUCAUAAGCCUAAAAAUGUCCAAUCUGGUCUUCCCUUUCUUCCUUUCUCACAGGCAAUUAUUACUAAGCACAACUAUGGCCCCCGUUAUCAAUAAUCGAAAAGUAUUGCUGAGGAGUAUUUUUGGGGUUUGGCUGUAGUCGUCUUCAGGUCAUAACAUAACUUCGAAUCGAAAAGACUUGUGAUGUGAACACAGCCCUAUAGUUAACGCUGAAACCAGGCUAACGCCACUUCCGCUACGGGAAGGCGGUUACAAUUCCGGGUCGCUUGUGUCACUGUCGUUAGUUCUGCAAAUUUCUCGUACACUUCAAGUUAUUUCAGGGUCCCUUGCUUUUGGCAGGAUUCUGACAAGCAGCGACAAACAUGAGAGCGGUGAAAAUUCCGCAAAUUACCAGGACAGCACGCAGAUGAAGAUGAAGAGGCGAUCAUUGGAACAGGAAGUUUACUGGUCUGAUGGUUCGGACGCUCACUCGAACCCAUUAUCAGAGACAGUCGCAAAACACCCCUGUCUGCGACGAUAUCUGGUAAUGAAUUAGAGCGAGAAUACGAAACGUCAGGCCAAUAAACUUCUUGUUUCAGCGACUGCUUCUUCUUCUUCUUCUUCUUCUACUGAGCUGUUUUCUGGAACUCGCCUGUCCGCAUGCGGAUGAAGUCAGCCUUCCUGAGAUGAGGUGUGCUGCGCCCAAGAUGUGCGCCUUCCGUUUGAGGAAACAAUUCGUAAGGAAGCAUUCAUGACUAGAUUGAGGUUUGUAAAGCUGAUUUUCAACUGACUACCCAAUUUUAAACAGACUGAUGUUUGCUGAACUCAUCCAAGAAAUCUGAGGUAACCACAUCUUUGAAAUAUAUAAUUAUGGCCACGGGGGAGGUGGUCUGUUGCACAACUAAGCAAAACAACUAUAAACAGCCGGAGUUGUGCACAAACUAACCAGAACUGGAGCUGGACAGUUGUCGUUUAUGCCGCCAAGCAGCCACUUCUCAUGAAAAUUGUGCAAUUGCUGAAUAUAUUCCUAUAAAUGGAAGAAUUAUUUAAUGGUAUUCCACAAUGUUCUUCUUCAGAUAGGAAGUUUAGGCUCGUGAAAGGAAUUUUCUAGAGGGAACAACUGACCAUUGAGAUAGCCUGUUCUCCACGACGAUCCCGCUUUCGGAUGCGUUCGGCGCAGACUUCGGGAGAGCAACGAAGGUAUACUACGAAGGAAGGGCGAGUGCGUGAAGAUUAAAUAAAAGAGAAUACAAAGUCAAAUAUGAGAACAUUAAGUUCCACCACAGGUAUCCGGUAUAAGUAAACCGUCUUCGUGAACAAGAUGGAAGGUUUGACAACAAAGUAUUAGUACCGGGCUUCUUUAAAGAGCAGCAGGAUGGUUACUUCCCUAAGUAUGGAUGAACCGAUCAAUGGAGCUUUUACUACAGACUUUCGUUGCAAGAUUAAUAUCACAAGACGUUUGGACCCCAUACAAUUUAGAUCAAGAAGAAACCCCCAUGCAGGCGAAUUUUAGAGUAGGUAGGACAAUACUCAGCCUCCGGCGCAGCUGUUAAAUUCCUCAGUUUCCUUUUCCUCCUUCAAGUAAAGUCAGGCGGCUCUGCUACCUUCUACUACUACUACUACUACUACUACUACUACUACUACUACUACUACUACUACUACUACUACUACUACUACUACUACUACUACUACUACUACUACUACUACUACUACUACUACUACUACUACUACUACUACUACUACUACUACUACUACUACUACUACUACCUCUACAACAACUACUACUACUACUUCUACCACUACCACCACUACUACAACUACGCACAAGGACCAAAUGUGUUCGAACAAGGCAAACUGAUGUCCGCACAGAAGACGACCAAAGCCAGCGUGGACCACAAAGCCGAAGUCAAGUAG